GUCUGCGGACCAAGCCCGCUCCUCCGCGGUGGAGGGGCGGCGGGCUGAGGCAGCGAUUCCGCCAGAAAGUCAGCGCUGGUGCUGCCUUGCACUCCUGAGGAGACCAGUCCACCAGGAGGAGCGGGGCUUUUCGCCGCCGAGCUCGGAGCUUUCUCGAGAUACCUCAGCUUUGCCUAGUGCAGGGGGCCCGAGGAGCCCGCUGGGCCCUUUGGGGCUUGCGCGGCGAGCAGCCGCCGGGACUUCCACAGGCGUGGCGGGCUGGGCAGACCCUCCGCUGUAGGACUCUAACCCUCAGCCUUAAUGCCUCCGCGAGCCCAGCUGAGUGGGUGCCGAUGGUUGGAGCUGUGGCGGUGUCUCUCGGUGGCAAGUGCGGCCAGAACUCCGGUCACUUAAGUUGUAUGUGUGCAAGUUGCAAGGACCGUGUGUUAGUCUGACAGAGCCUCAAGCUGUUGCCCUGGGUAAAGUGCUGUGGCAUCACAGCUCACAUUAACCUCCAACUCCUGGGCUCAAGUGAUUCUCCGCCUCCGAAGUAGCUGGGACUACAGAGAAGAGAUCUGAUUAUAUUGUUCACUCUGGUCUCAAACUUCCAAUUAUUCUCCUGCCUUGGCCUCCCAAAGUGCUGGGAUUACAGGUAUAGUUUGGCCUUCUGAGGUUCUGCUUAAGCAAGAAAGAAGUGGGAAAUACUCUUGGAAAAAAAACUAGAGCAAUAAAAAGCCAGAACUUAUUUUUACAUGGUUGUCAACUCAAUUACCAGUAUGGACUCUUUUCCUCCUGGUGGAGACAAUGGACUGACAAAUUCUCAAUCUGAGUUCCAAAAAAUGUUAAUUGAUGAGAGGUUACGAUGCGAGCGGCAUAAAACUAAUUAUCAGACUGUGAAAGCUGAACACACAAGGUUGCAAGAUGAGUACAUUAAGUCACAAAAUGAACUUAAACGCCUAUUAAAUGAAAAGCAAACUCAGCAGGAAAAAUUUCAGCUGCUGUUUGAAGAGCUAAAAGAAGAAUUAUUACAGAAAACUAAAGACUUAGAAGAAAUAAAGGCACAGGUAUUAACUCCACAAAAGUUGGAAGUAUUAAGAUUUCAAAUACAGCAAGAAUUAGAAACUCCAAUGAGAGAACGUUUUCGCAAUCUGGAUGAAGAAGUGGAAAAGUAUAGAGCUGAAUAUAAUAAGCUUCGCUAUGAACACACAUUCCUCAAGUCAGAAUUUGAACACCAGAAAGAAGAGUUUGCACAUAUUUUAGAAGAAGAAAAAAUAAAGCAUGAAGCAGAGAUUGUAAGACUGGAGAAAGAUAAAGAAGAAUUGCGUAACCAGCUGCUUAGUGUUGAUCUCACAAGAGACAGCAAACGAGUGGAGCAACUUGUUCGAGAAAAAGUUCAAUUGUGUCAGAAAUUAAAAGGUUUAGAGGCUGAAGUAGCAGAAUUAAGGGCUGAAAAAGAGAAUUCUGAUGCUCAGGUAGAAAAUGUCCAAAGAAUACAAGUACGGCAGUUGGCUGAGAUGCAGGCUACGAUCAGAUCCCUGGAGGCUGAAAAACAGUCAGCUAAACUACAGGCUGAACGCUUGGAAAAAGAACUACAAUCAAGCAAUGAACAAAACACCUUUUUAAAUAGUAAAUUACAUAAAGCUGAACGAGAAAUAAACACAUUGACCAGUACAGUGAAAGAACUGAAGCAUUCAAACAAACUAGAAAUAACAGAUAUCAAACUGGAGGCAGCAAGAGCUAAGAGUGAGCUAGAAAGAGAAAGGAAUAAGAUUCAAAGUGAACUGGAUGGAUCACAGUCAGACAAUGAAAUUCUCAAAUCAGCUAUUGAACACCACAAAAUGCUCUUAGUAGAAAAGGAUCGUGAAUUAAUACGUAAAGUACAAGCUGCCAAGGAAGAAGGUUAUCAAAAACUUGUGGUAUUGCAAGAGGAAAAGUUAGAACUUGAGAGCAGAUUAGCAGAUUUAGAGAAAAUGAAAGUGGAACAUGAUGUCUUGAAGCAAUCGGAAAAGGAUCGGUGUGAAGAGAAAUUGCGGGCUUCACAGAUGGCAGAAGAGUCGGCCAGAAGGGAACUUCAGAGUAUUAGGUUAAAACUUCAACAGCAAAUUGCAACUAUUGAAAAUGCAGAGAAAGAAAAAACUGAAAAUGCUGAUCUGAAACAGCAAAUCAGUCAUUUGCAGAUCCAAGUGACCUCGCUUUCACAGUCAGAGAAUGACUUGAUGACUUCAAACCAAAUGCUGAAGGAAAUGGUGGAAAGGUUAAAACAAGAAUGCCGAAAUUUAAGAAGCCAAGCUGAAAAAGCGCAACUAGAAGUUGAAAAGACAUUGGAAGAGAGACAGAUACAGUGGUUGGAAGAAAAGCAUAAGCUUCAUGAGCGUAUCACAGAGAGAGAAGAAAAGUACAAUCAAGCUAAAGAGAAACUCCAGCGAGCUGCAAUUGCCCAGAAAAAGAGAAAAUCUCUUCAUGAAAACAAAUUGAAGAGACUGCAGGAGAAAGUAGAAGUCUUGGAGGCAAAGAAAGAAGAAUUGCAAACAGAAAAUCAGGUGUUAAAUAGACAAAAUGUUCCAUUUGAAGAAUAUACAAGGCUUCAGAAAAGGUUAAAGGAUAUACAAAGAAGACAUAAUGAAUUUCGAAGUCUAAUUUUGGUUCCUAACAUGCCACCAACAGCAUCCAUCCAUCCUGUUAGCUUUCAAUCUUCCGCCAUGGUUCUAGGCAUGGAAUCAUCCUUUCCUCCUCAUCUGCAGGAGGAACAGCAUCAAAGGGAACUCUCUCUACUUCGCAAAAGACUAGAAGAACUAGAAACAACACAGAGAAAACAACUAGAGGAAUUUGGAUCUCCUGGGGAUUGAAGUUCUUAGAUAAAAAGCAGACCAAAAGAGGUGAAAUCAAAGACUCAAUAAAGCUUGAAGUUUUAACAUUUGUAGCUUUUAGAUACUUUGUUACUGUUUGCCAAAAUACUUGAAUGUGCCUCAAGAAAAGGUGCCAGCUACACACUGAUCACAGAAAUAUGAAGAGUUUACCAUUAUACUAAUGAAGACAAGUGAUGCCUUAAAAGAAAGAUUCAGAGAAAUUUGGAAUAUUUGAUUACCCUUUGAGAAUGUAAAACAAAAACUAAAUGGAACUAAUUA